AUGGGACCGCGGAAAGACCGCGGGGUCGCGGGAGGACCACGGGAGGGCCGCGGGACCGCGGGACCGCAGGAGAACCACGGGGCCGCGGGAGGACAGUGGGGACCGCGGGAGGACCGCGGGGACCGCGGGAGGGCCGCGGCUACCACGGGGCCGUGGGAGGACCACAGGAGGGCCGCGGGAGACCAUGGAACCGCGGGGACCGCGGUGGCCGCAGCUGAGGGGGGUGACCCCGCUGCUGACGACACGGCGGCCACUCGCCGCUCCCCGCGCUUGAAGACUUCUCCUGGCUCUCCACCUCGGCCGUCUUUGCCGCCUCCGCAGCCAGUCGGCUGCUCUAGUGAUGGCGCUUGGAGUACUGGUGCUGGAGGUGCUAGAGCUGCUAUUGCUGGAGGUGCUGGAGCUGGAGGUGCUGGUGGUAUUGGAGCUACACGUGCUGGAGCUGCUGGUGCUGGAGGUGCUGGAGCUGCUGGUGCUGGAGGUGCUGGAGCUGGAGGUGCUGGAGCUGCUGGUGCUGGAGGUGCUGGAGCUAGAGGUGCUGGAGGUACUGGAGCUGCAGGUACUAGAGCUGCUAGUGCUGGAGAUGCUAGAGCUGGAGGUGUUCGAGGUGCUGGAGCUUCUGGUGCUAUAGGUGCUGGAGCUGGAGGUGCCGAAGCUGCUGGUGCUGGAGGUGCUGGAGCUGCUGGUGCUGGAGGUACUGGAGCUGCUGGUGCUGGAGGUACUAGAGCUGGAGGUGCUGGAGCUAGAGGCUCUGGAGGUUCUUAG